AUGUCAAGCCCGCCGCCCGCUGCCGAAAACACUCGAUUUGACCCCCUGGUGACACCUGCCACGCCUGUCCAUCAUGAUUGCUCGAGGACGGAGCGAAAUGCGCCAAACUCACGUCACCACUCGCAGAGUCAACGCCCAUUCCAGGGGGCUCAACAAACGCAAUCCCCGUCUCGCGCAGAAUCCCCCACUAUCACCCGGCAAUGGUCUCAACCCACUCCUGCCACGGCUCUCAAAAGGGCUUCGUCGAUCCCUUUGGAGACCUUCCCCCGGUCGGCCAGCACAACUCAAUCCCCCCAACUGACCGAACGGGACAGUAUCUUCGCGACACACUAUCUUCCAUCGGACAGCGCCGCAACUACCCCACAAAUUUCCCCCGAGACCCCGACGGACAAUGGCCAGGUCAACGCAAUCCCUGGUCUAGAUGAUACACCGGGGUCGCCCAAUCUCUCCAUCAAAACCUCCCUCCGCCGCUCCCCCGUUGACUCUACCCCCAUGGAAGUGGACGUCCGCAGGCAUUUCCCUUUGCGCUCCGCUUCCGUGUACUCCACUGCGCAAGCUGGUGGACUUUCUCGUUUACGCUCCUCCAUCUCCUCUGGCGUGAAGCUACACAGUACGGAACCACAGACCGCUCGUCGUUCGCAGCCGUAUGGGACCGCGCUUGGCGCAAGCAAGGAGCUGCAAGGUCUGAAAAGUGGCCCCGCGGAUCGCAACCUUCUUCCUUCAGCGUUGGAUCAUGGCUCGCAGCCACCGCAGUUAUUGACGUCCUCUGCAUCCGGGCAGGCCUGGUCGGAGGUCAAACAGGAAUCGAACCCUGACUCCUCACGAAUAGAAUCUGCCCGGGGCAUACCGCUGGAACGGGGCUCGAGCAGAGGUCGUCCAGGUCGGGUGGACAAGUCGAUCGAGGCAGAUAUCAGCAACGUGGAACCGGCCUCACACGUACGAAGCCGCAAGUCCAGUCAUUUCCUCGGCCUGUUCAAGGAGAAUACCACCUCGCCGGAUCGGAAGCGAAGAGAAGAUCGCACUCCCCAGCACGAUGAAAUAUCUGGCCAACCGGAGGUCAACAUGGGGAUUGAGCAUCCAAAUCUGCGGUUAGUCGCGGCGGAGGACGAGGGCUUGUUGCGAAAAAGCAUUUCGUUGCCGUCCCUCUCGGACGGCCAUGCGUUCGAUUCCAAAGAUCAGACCGAUAGGUCGCAGCAGCGUGACGAACGACACAACGCAGAGCCUCAGAAACGCCCUGCAUUUGCUUUGCCACAUAGUCUCCUCGAGGAGAUCCGGAAUUUUCAUUUAACUCCAGGUGGAGGACGCGGGUCCUCCUUUUCAAAGAGCAUUCCUACCCAGUAUGCCGAAAGAGGGCGUGACUACUUCCAGCAAGAGCCCCACGUGGACCGGUACUCCGAAUCUCUUAGUUCCGUCGAGGAAGCAGAGCGCCGCCCAUCGGAACGAUUUGGGGAUGAUGAUGACGAAGAAAAAGAGCAGAUCUCCUCUGCCGUAUACUUCCCUCAUGAGCGUGUCGCUGUCUCAGAAGAGGCUGAUGUCGGACACUCAAUAGUCGCAGAUUCUGAAACAAUCCAGCCGCUCCAGAUAUCGGCGGCGGAACAAGGUCACGAGCUCACGUUGGUCCCCAAGGAAACAAACCCUUUAUCUGAACAGGGGGUCAGCAAAGUGGACAUUUCUUUCCGAUCUAAAACCGAGAGCAAGACUUUCUAUGGUGAACUUGGAGCAGGGCGACAACCAUUCGAAAAUGUCCCAGAGAAGCCUCUUACGGCGAUCUCGGAGCGUAGUUAUGAUUCUACUUGCGAAUCAGAGAUGCCAUCGGCUGACGAAAGUGGCCUCUCCGUGCAUGACGAAUCCAGUCUUACAGACGACCCUGAUAUCACCCCGACGGCGACACCGACUCAACGCUCGCGAUUCCCAGCUAAAGCAAAGCGCAAGGCCACUGCCCCACUUGGAGCCGUCGAACUGAAGCCCUAUCGACAUCAAGUUGGCGGUCAUACCACUGUGUUUCGGUUCUCCAGACGCGCAGUUUGCAAACAACUUAAUAAUAGAGAAAACGAAUUCUAUGAGCGCAUCGAAAGGAGGCAUCCUGAUAUGCUUGUGUUCCUACCUAGGUACAUUGGAGUUCUCAAUGUCACGUUUUCAAAGACUUCGAAACGCUCAAAGCAAUCUUCUGAUCAUGCGGCCCAAGAAGUAGCCGAGGGUAAUCGCGUCAAUGGGGCAUCGAUCCCGCAAACCCCAUCAAUCCAAAGUCCAGAGCCUCAGCGCAUUGUGAGCCAGAGCCAGGUGACAGGCGUGAUCCCGAAAGUAAUUCUUGAAAACAACCGGCACAUCAUCCCUGCCGAUCUGUUUUCUCGUAGUCAUCGUUCUCGACUUUUGGAUGAUACGAUGAUGGGACGACCCCGCUCAGCAGAUGGGCUCAGCAAGCUCUCCACCGAGUCCGAUCCGUCUCUGAGAAAGCGCAACAAAAUUUGGGGCGCCACGACAGUGAACCGAAAACUCCAAGAACAAGUUCUGCGAGAGGUCUUCAGCCCCCCGGCGAUUCACCAUCACCGUCGUCAUCCUCGCGGGCACUUACAGCUACCGCGGGCAUCAUCUGACAUCCCACGUCGGCGAGGUAAUCUAUCUGAGGACCACACUGCUAGUAGUCGCACCACUCCAUUGGCACCGAAAGAUGUCUCGCCGGUUGCAGCUGCGAAGAAAAUCUCUCAACCAGCCGAGGGCCAAACCCUAUCAUCUUCAGCCUCCACUGCUCUAGAUGAGAAUCGUAACCGCCUUGAGAAGGUCAAGACGCAGGACGAGCCAUCACGAUCGACCUCUCUGAACCGUGGUCAGCAAAAGCGCCGACGUCACUCUGGCGGUGGCCUCCAGCGGCGUGGCAGCAUUGACUCGCCGAAUCCCGAGCUUGUGUUCUUUGAUGAUGAGGGAUACGGUGGUGACAAAGAGGAUGAAAUUUUCUCUAUGGACAGCGAUGGCCCUAGUGCCUCGACUGACUCUCUGUCUUUCAAGCCGCCUUCGUCUUCUCCCUCGGCAAACACCUCUGUGUGUGAACAUGGUUCAGCCAGUGUUCAAGCGGAACCAUCGACAGCGACACCCAAAGAGAUGUCGACAAAAGAAGAUGCCGAAGAUGUGAGCGCUCCUUUGCCGAGUAACCCGAAAGAAGCGCAGCUCAGCAAGGAUGAACGUGUUCAGUUCUUCCUCCUGCUGGAAGAUUUGACCGCCGGUAUGAACCGACCUUGCGUACUCGAUCUGAAGAUGGGUACUCGACAGUAUGGCAUCGAGGCCACUGAGAAAAAGAAGAAGUCCCAGCGGCGAAAAUGUCAGUCGACCACUUCUCAGCAGCUUGGCGUCCGUCUAUGCGGAAUGCAAGCCUGGAAUGUGAAGAAGCAAGAGUACAUUUUCGAGGACAAAUACUUUGGUCGAGACUUGAAGUCUGGCAAAGAAUUCCAGGACGCGUUGACACGAUUUCUCUUCGACGGGGUCAGCUAUGCGAGCGUUGCUAAAAAGAUUCCUGUGAUCUUGGAGAAGCUUUCUCUGUUGGAACAUAUGAUUCGCAAGCUGGACCGAUACCGCCUCUACGCGAGCAGUCUGCUGAUUUUGUAUGAUGGCGAGCAAAGUCCACCUCCGCCGCCCACACCUGGGCAACCCGGCGAGCCUCCAUCUCUCCAGCGUCGGAUCUCCGACGAUGGACAUAAUAAUAUCGAUGUACAGCUGAAGAUCGUGGAUUUUGCCAAUUGUGUGACGGGUGAGGAUGAGUUACCACCGGACACGCCCUGCCCACCUCAUCAUCCCAAUGACAUCGACCGAGGAUAUCUGCGAGGUCUGCGUACUCUCAAAAUGUACUUCCAAAGAAUUUUGAGAGAAGUGACCCAAGAUGAGUUCGUGGAACGGGGUGAAGGGGAAGCCGUUGCCCUUGGAUCACGGCCUGUCGUUCGUGAUGUCGCCUCCGAUCAAUUUUGGGAUGAAGGUGUCGUGGAGACUGACGUUGGGGAAGUCAGUUUUUGA